CGAAACGGUUCCUUGAACUUCCUUCACCUGAAGGGUCCUGAACAGCUUUAUUUAGCAGGAAGGUCACUUUUUAGGUUACAUAUGUCAUAUGUAGUUACCUCACAUAUGUACCUCACGCAUGUGUUGGGUUACUCAAGUGACUUCCGAGGUUGGAUUACAAAAUAUUAAAACGGUACUACAUAUAACGACCUAAGGUAGGUACUAACCUAACCUUAGGUAUGUAGGCUCUCUCUCUCUCUCUCUGUGUGUGAACCCCUCCAUCUUUUCCAAGAUUUUAACUAUUGCAUGUAAAUGCAACCCGAGCCGCGGCCCCCAGUCUAUAAAACAUGAAGAUUUAUUCCGUAAAAUAGGUGAUAGCCCCCCCUGUCCUGUCGCUGACGACUAAACAAAACUACCUAUUCCACAUUCCACCUAUACAACCUGCGUGUAUACCACUCUUUGCUUUACCAUACUGGUGGUAGGGAGUGGUAGGUAGGUAGCUUGUUUGAUCCCGGGCUUUCUAGCCGGAGUGAGGAAGCCUUCCCUUCGAUCCCCCCCACCCUACAACUAGUACCUACCACACCGACUGUCACCUUUUUAUCGAGCAAGAUAUAUGUGGCCGAUGCCUUGCGCUUCUGGAAAUUAAUUCCUCGGACUUCGAAAUACUACAUACGUAGUGUGGCCGACUACGGGUAAAUACCACAAUGGAGCCAUUGUCCAUCACCGCCGACUGUAUCGCCCUAGGUGAUACAAUCACUAGUGCCAGUGCUAUACUCGAUGGCUUCGUUCGUGAUGUUCGCGAGGCUCGAUCCGACGUGGAUGGCGUUUCGCGCGAAUUACACUCGAUGCAAAACGUGUUAAAUCUCCUCAAGGAAGAUGCUAUGCUUUUCCCUUCUGAACUAGCAAAACAAAUUCCAACUGUCCUCGAGCAUUGCGCCAACGUGGUCAAUGAACUAGAUGCAAGCGUAUCCGCUAUAUGUUGCAAGGAAGUACCAAAGCAAGACAAACGAUCGCUAUGGUUAGCCAAGGGGCGAAGAGAGGUCGCCUCGUUUAGGACCUCCUUGGAAGCACAUAAGGGCAUUCUAGGGAUUGCGUUGGAUUUGGUCGGAGCGACAACAAUUCGUGAUGUAACCUCCGACGUAGAGCCAAAUAAGCGAAACACGAUGCAGAGAUAUCAGAACAAUGCCGACGUCGUGGAUGAUGUUUCGCGAAUUCUAGUCGACAUGAGCCAGCUGCGAAUGCGGUUACCUGGAGAAUUCGACAAGAGGGAGGACGACUUCAGCUUGUAUAGCUUCAUGGCUAGUUUAAAGUUGUUUGCCGAGAAAAUCAUCGACAGCAAGGAGAGCGAGCACGAGGCCGAAUUUAGUGUCCAAGAAGUCGAUCAAAGUUUAGAUCAGGGCGCAUUCGUCGGAGACAAUGGGCUAUUUGGAGCUUAUGUUGGAGACAACCCGGAUAGCGCCAUCGAUGUCAGCGUCGAGCCUGUUUUCCAGACACUCAGGAAUGCAUUAACCAAACCCGAAGAUGAGGGUGAGGGUGAGAAACUCCCGACUAUCGAAGAGUUGAUGGCUAGCUUCGUAGGCGUCCCUAGCCGAGCACCGACUCCGCCGCCCAAGGAUGUCAAGAGACUUGAGCUCGCCCGGAACGGUAUGGUCUCACCAUUUGGAAUUCGUCCAAAGUCUCCGUCAACUGUUUAUGGCUCCGUCACCGAAAUAAGUUCUGAACGUCGAUCGAUGGACUCGUCAGCUUCCUUAAGGAAAAGUAAAGGGUUUAGGAGGUUCUUCACGCCCAUGAAGCAGACAAUCUCGGAGGAUAGGCCUCAAACCCAGUCGACUAGCUCAAUAAGUGAGGAAACGACAAUACCUGCGUCUCCCAUUAUUCGAGCUAGCUUGGUAAGGCGAAGCAGUCAUAGGCUAUCGGUGUCCUUCAAAAAACUACCAAUGUGGAACGAAGACCCAACCGUGGACGAGACUGAAAGCCUCAAUUCCAACGCGGUCUUUGGUGUCUCGCUCCAGAAAAGCAUGCAAGUUAUUAAGGGUACUUCUAAGACGCACCACGCUGGUAAUGGAGGAUCUUCGCGGCGAGACUUUCCCUUGUGCAUGCAAAAAUGCGCCUUUUUCAUAAAGAAUGAGGGGGUCCAGGCACCAGAUAUAUUCGCCGAGCCAGGGGAUAGCUACCGGGUUCAGAAACUCAAGGAAGCUUUUAGUAGUCCUCCAACGUACGGUGAAGAGCUGAAAUGGAACAAUUUCAGCGUGUACGAUGCCGCAGAUCUUAUACUGCUCUUCCUUUCACAGCUUCCGAAACCACUCAUCAGUGAUACUAUCGCCAAGCAAUGGAUAUCGCUUUCGAGGCAACUGACACUUUCCGGCUCCGAUUCAACGCGACUUGAUCAGUGCAUUGAUUUCUGGGAAGAGGCCCUGGGUGGCCUUCGAGGACCAAGCCGCACCCUUUUUAAGCUACUUCUCAACCUGUGGGCCGAUAUCUCACAGGCGGCAGAGAAGAACGACAUGACGGCCGAACGGUUGGCCGGCGUUCUUAUCAAGCCAUUGAUGCAUACCUCAUCAACGAAACAUGAAACCGAUUUCAUGCUUUCGCUCGCCUUUCUCAUUCGAAGACGAGCGGAGUAUAUUGAUUUAAUAAAGAAAGACCAGUCGGAGGUCAAGCGGAUUAGCAGAGCAGCAUGGUGAUAUGGUGCUGAACUCAUUCUUAUAUGGCGUGCCAAUAUAUUCCGAACACUUCGAUUUGGACUUACCUUCCUUAUCUUAUUGCCUUUCAUUACCACCUCGAAAGAUUCGCAUAUACUUUUUACCUUACCUUUUAACUUAUUUAUAUAUGAAGAUACCCGGCGCAUUUCUAUGAAGAUCGCCUCAUACUUUUUUCCCUUCCUAUUUUCUUUUUCCCUCUUCCGCUUUUAGGACUUUUAAGAAGUCGGCCGAAUUACAUAACUGCAUAUUAAGAGGCUUGAAGAGAUCAAAUUUUAACCGCGACGGUGGAGAGGAAGUGGAGACGCGCCUUGGUUAGUUGGUUGGGAGCUGGGAGGCUGGGACGAAUACACGAGAAGACGUUUGAUAUCCACUGCUAUUAAAAAGCAUUUAACUAGCAACUUUUUUUUCUCUCCUUUACCCCCUCUCCUCAUCUUAGCAUAUACUAUGUAGCCUUUUUCCCCUCAUGUGUAACAGCAUCAGGUGGGUUUGAUGGAUGUUGAAUGUUUGUCAUAAUACCAAGCGGGUUUAUACAAUUUAGAACCACUCAUCAUACCUAGUUUUUAAUGUAGCUAGCUAGCAUUGGUGCUACUCUGUAGGCGGUUUCGCAUCCCCUUGUUUUCAUUGUUAUCUUGAUUCCCGACGAUGGCAUAGCAUAAAUACCUAUAGUAGCUAAACAAUGAACAUAAUACGCAGUACCUGCAAA